UAUUACCUCCUGGUGAUAAUAUUAAUAUCAUAAAGACAAAACAACAGAGAAUAAAAUUGAUGAAGGAAGGAAGGAGGGAGAGAGAGACGUGAUUCAGGGAAAAAAUCGUCGGAGAUAGAAAGCAGAGUCGUUUUCAGAUCGUGAAGCUCAAGCAGAGAAGAAGCAUAUCCACUCUGAUAUUCCUAUUCAAUCAUCAUCCUCCUCAAGCUUCUUACUUCUUCAGGUUACUCUCAAUCUAUCAAUCUGUCUCUACCUCUCUAAGGGUAUAUCCCAAUCUCUUCCCUUUUUAUUUUUUGAUUAUUAUUUAUUUGUUAACAUGAAUCAUAUGAUUGAUGAUGAUGAGUCUGCUUUUAGCUCUGCAAAGUCAGAGCCUUUUUAUGUCUCUCUGCCUUGUACCUUUGUACUUGUACUACCCUUUUUCUCUUCUCACUCUCUCUGCACUUUUUUAACAAGGUGGUUUGAUUAGUCAUGGAACCCAAUGGGUACAUGAAAGAAACAAAAAGGGAACAUUUUGUUGGUAGAAUGAAUGGUGAUGUUGUUGAGACUGAGCUUGAUCCAUGGACUGCAUGGGCUUACAAGCCUCGCACUAUCUCCCUUCUCCUUAUUGGCGCUUGCCUUCUCAUUUGGGCAAGUGGAGCUCUUGAUCCUGAGAGCACUACUUCUGAUGAUAUUGUCACAUCUGUUAAAAGGGGAGUGUGGGCUAUGAUUGCUGUUUUUCUUGCUUACUCUUUGCUCCAGGCCCCUUCAACGGUUUUAAUCAGGCCACAUCCUGCAAUCUGGCGUUUAGUUCAUGGAUUGGCCGUCAUUUACUUAGUUUCACUUACUUUUUUACUCUUCCAGAGACGUGACGAUGCUAGGCAGUUCAUGAAGUUUCUCCACCCUGACCUUGGAAUCGAACUUCCUGAGAGAUCAUACGGUGCUGAUUGCCGUAUCUAUGUGCCUGAUCACCCAACAAACAGGUUUAAAAAUCUUUAUGACACAGUAUUUGACGAGUUUUUCUUGGCUCACAUCUUUGGAUGGUGGGGAAAAGCAAUUCUGAUCAGGAAUCAGCCUCUUCUGUGGGUGCUCUCUAUUGGUUUUGAGUUAUUGGAGCUUACUUUUCGGCACAUGUUGCCAAAUUUCAACGAGUGCUGGUGGGACAGUAUUGUUCUUGAUAUCUUGAUAUGCAACUGGUUUGGGAUCUGGGCAGGGAUGCAUACAGUACGAUACUUUGAUGGAAAAACAUACGAGUGGGUUGGCAUUAGCCGCCAGCCUAACAUUAUUGGCAAAGUGAAAAGGACACUAGGGCAGUUCACACCAGCUCAUUGGGACAAAGACGAGUGGCAUCCACUGCAGGGACCUUGGCGUUUUGUUCAAGUACUCACUCUUUGCAUCAUCUUCUUAACAGUGGAGCUCAACACAUUCUUCCUCAAGUUCAGCCUGUGGAUCCCUCCUCGAAACCCAGUGAUUCUCUAUAGGCUGAUCUUGUGGUGGCUUAUAGCGAUACCAACAAUACGAGAAUACAAUUCAUAUCUCCAAGACCGGAAACCUGUGAAAAAGGUGGGAUCAUUCUGUUGGCUAUCAACAGGGAUAUGCAUAGUAGAACUUCUCAUCUGCAUCAAGUUUGGAACUGGGUUGUACCCAACAGAGAUGCCGUUGUGGGUAGUGACACUUUGGGGAAGUGUGGGACUUGGACUUGUGGCCUUUUUGCUGGGUUGGACAUGGAAGAUACAGAAGACACUCGAGAGAAAGAGACGCUAAAGCUCAUCAUAUCAGAGGUGAGACAGAUAAAAUGCCAUUGUAGGGAGGGUUUUGGUUAUUUGUAAAUUGGGAGAAGAAAGAAAAAGAACAAAUGUAAAUGCAAUUUUUUCUUUUAGGGAUAGUUGUGUGAGAUUUUACUUUACAGAGCCUUCCAAUCAAUUCUUUCAUGAUC